AUGCUAAAACCGAAAGCAUUGAAAGAAGUACUUGCGCAAAUGACUAACGGUGGAAUUCAGUCAACUGUAUUAUUGACACGGGAUGGAGCACUACUUGCUUAUUCAGGAUUCGAAGCGAAAGACGCAAAGAUCAUUGCUGCAAUGGCUAGUAGUAUUUUUGCUGCCCAUCAACGUGUUCGACAAACACCUAGUUCAACUGUUCCACAAAAUAUUGUGGGUUCAGGUGAUUUGAAUAUGGUUUUAUUGGACGCUGACGAAGGAAAAAUGGCUAUCGCUGCUGUUGCUACCCAAUUAGUUUGUAUGGUGUCAAAGACUAAUGUACAAUUAGGAAUGCUAAAGGCAAAAAUGGACGCAUUGUCCUCGUACCUGCAAGAGCCGUUACGUCAAGUAUCGCAGAGCAAUAACUAA